AUGAUGUGCACUGGAGAAGCUGUCCUUGCAGUCGGAUAUCUCAAGCGGACGUAUGGGCUAGCCUUUCAGUUCGAUGAAGAGCCUUUCCGACGCGUGCUUAUCUACGCUCUGAAAACUUGGAAUCUUGCCGCUAUUGUCGUCGACGGCAAAACCUUCGCCCUUAACGGCCUCAAUGUUUCCUACCGGUUCCACGUUGACGAGAGCACCGGCGAUCUGCGCUCUGAUCACUUCGGCGGCAGCGUCAAUGGGCCUAUCCCCGAUGACCCAGCUCCCAUAGUCAAUGGCUGGACUGGUAUGCCCGACCGCGUACGCCGCGAGUUCCCUGACCAAGGACGGGGAGAUUUUCGAGUCCCCGCCGUCCGAAUCCGCCAGUCACAGGGACAUACCGUUUCAGCUUUUCAGUACAAUUCCCAUACGGUGGUGAAGGGCAAGCCUGCGCUGCCUGGCUUGCCGGCGACAUUCGGUACAGAGGAGGAUGUCACGACGCUGGUGGUGCAUUUGUAUGACCAGUAUAGCGAAGUGGCGGCGGAUCUAAUGUACUCAAUGUUUCCAAAGUACGACACUAUUGUGCGCAGCGUGAGCAUCACGAACAAGGGCAAAGGCACAAUUUCGAUUGAGGCACUAGCGAGUUUGAGUGUGGAUUUACCAUGUGAGGAUCUUGAUAUGAUUGGGCUCAGGGGGGACUGGGCACGAGAAGCGCACCGACAGAGGCGCCAGGUGGACUAUGGCAUACAGGGUUUCGGAAGUACAACAGGCUUCUCAUCCCACUUGCACAACCCCUUCGUCGCCCUGGCGCAUCACUCUACAAGCGAGUCCCAAGGCGAGGCUUGGGGUUUUUCACUGGUCUACACCGGCUCCUUUGCUGCCAACGUUGAAAAGGGCUCGCAGGGAUUGACACGUGUGUCUAUGGGUUUCCAUCCAGACCAGCUAUCCUGGCCCUUGGCGCCAGGGGAAACACUCACCUCUCCCGAGUGUGUAUCUGUAUACUCAAAAGACGGUCUAGGGGGCAUGUCGCGAUCUCUGCACCGCCUGUAUCGCAACCAUCUUAUGAAGAGCAAGUUUGCUACGGACAACCGACCCGUCCUGCUGAACAGCUGGGAGGGUUUGUAUUUCGACAUCGACCAGGAGAACAUGUACCGCAUGGCACAGGAAUCUGCGGCGUUGGGUGUGAAGCUCUUCGUCAUGGACGACGGGUGGUUUGGCGACAAGUACCCUCGAAUCUCAGACGCAGCCGGUCUGGGCGACUGGAUUCCCAAUCCAGCACGAUUUCCCAAUGGACUCGCCCCUCUUGUCCAAGACAUCACCUCCUUGAAGGUUGCCAACUCGUCGGAGACUCUCCGCUUUGGUAUCUGGGUUGAACCUGAAAUGGUGAACCCGGAGUCCAGCCUCUACCGCGAACGCCCGGACUGGGUCCUCCACGCAGGCCCAUAUCCACGCACCGAACAACGCAACCAGCUUGUGUUGAAUCUCGCUCUACCCGACGUACAAGAAUUCAUCGUCGAAGCCAUCGCCAACAUCCUCAACAGCGCAGACAUCGGCUACGUGAAAUGGGACCAUAACCGGGCCAUCAACGAGACACCCUCCCCCGCCGCAAACCACGCAUACAUGCUUGGAAUGUACCGCGUCUUCGACACCCUCACAUCACGCUUCCCCGAUAUCCUCUGGGAAGGAUGCGCGUCUGGUGGCGGACGCUUCGACCCGGGGGUUCUACAGUACUUCCCUCAGGUCUGGACAUCGGAUGACACCGACGCCGUGGAACGUAUUUUCAUCCAGAUGGGUACCUCGCUAGUAUACCCCGCCAGUGCAAUGGGGGCACAUGUCUCCGCCGUGCCUAACCACCAGACAGGGCGAACCAUCCCGCUCACCUUCCGAGCGCACGUUGCCAUGAUGGGUGGGUCGUUCGGCCUUGAGCUCGACCCGGUGAAGAUCCUCCCUGAAGAGAAGGCCGCUGUGCCGGAGCUGAUUGCGCUGGCGGAGAAGGUGAACCCGGCCGUGCUCAAGGGUGAUAUGUGGAGACUUAACCUACCCGAGGAGUCAAACUGGCCUGCUGUGCUGUUCAUCUCGGACGAUGGGGCAGAGGCUGUCUUGUUCUUCUUUCAGCUUGGCCCGAAUGUCAAUCAUACGAUGCCGAGGGUGAGAUUGCAGGGGUUGGACCCGCUGGCUAUGUAUCGCGUCGACGACCAGGGGCCGUAUUCGGGCAAUAUGCUGAUGAAUCUUGGAUUGCAAUAUUCGUUCAGUACGGAUUAUGCCAGCAAAGUCGUCUUCUUGGAAAGGGUCAAUGUGUAA